GUUGCCUGAUCUUCCGCCACCCGUCCUCUGAACCUCACUUUGCCGCAGGGAGGCACUGAACAGAGAAACUGCCUUGUAACAGGUCCCGCCCCUCUCUCUACUCCCUUUCUUAUAUCAAGAGGGGAAGAACACGGAACUACCUCUACCCAUUCUGGUCACCAUACGCCUAUUACCUCUACUGUUACAAAUACCGACUCACCCUCCGGGAGAAGAUGCUGCCUUGGUGUUACAGAAGCAUCACUUACAAAGAACAGGAGGACCUGACACUCCGGCCCCAUUGCUGGCCCCAUUGCUGCCUCCAGUGCUCCUGAGUCCCUAGGAGGCCUCCAGGUGGGCAGGAGCACUGAGCGGGAGAAAGACCACAGCCAGCUUAAAGAACUGUACUCGGCUGGGAACCUGACAGUGCUAUCAACUAACCCCCUGCUUCACCAAGAUCCAGUUCAGUUAGAAUUCCACUUUCGCCUCACCCCCCAUUCUUCUGCUCAUUGGCAUGGCCUUCUGUGUGACCAUCGACUCUUCCUGGAUAUCCCAUAUAGGGCCUUGGAUCAAGGCAACCGAGAAAGUUUGACAGCAACACUGGAGUAUGUGGAGGAGAAGACCAAUGUGGACUCUGUGUUUGUGAACUUCCAAAACGAUCGGAAGGACAGAGGUGCCCUGCUUCGAGCCUUUAGCUACAUGGGUUUUGAGGUGGUCAGACCAGAUCAUCCUGCUCUCCCUCCCUGGGACAAUGUCAUCUUCAUGGUGUAUCCCCUUGAAAGGGACCUUGACCAGCUUGGCCAGUGAGCCUCCCUGAACAUGUUUAUUCCAUCUCUGUGAGGGGCCAGAAACCUCAACAUACGGGACUCUGGGGCCCAGGAUGUGAUUUGAGACACCUCCAUCCUAGGAAAUAAAGGGUAGUGCAAUCAAA